ACUCCACACAGACAGUUGCCCAAAGCUGGAAUCGAACCUGGGUCCCUGGUGCUGUGAGGCAGCAGUGCUGCCCUAUUAGAUUCUCUAAUAGAUGUAGGAAACAAAAAUAAAUUGCUGGCAAAAUUUAGUAUUGAUGAUAAAUCACUAGACUUGCUUGAAACGUUAACUCAAUUUUCUCCCCAUGAAUCCAUUCAGACCAUCUGAGUUUCACAAGCAAUUUCUGUUUUUGUUUCAAAACUCCAUCAUCCAUAGUUCUUUGUUUUAUUUUAGAUGCAGGAAAGAUGGUUCCCUUGGUCAGGGAGAUUGGAACCAAGGGGCACAAUUUAAAAGUGAGGGGGAAUGCCAUUUAAAUUUGAGAUGAGAAUUUGUCUUAUGCAGAAAAGUGUGAAUCUUUGAAGUUCUGUACCCUGGCUGUGGAUGCUUAGAAUGAGUAUGUUGGAUGUUUAAUAUUUAACUGAGUAUGUAUUUUUGAUAGAUUUCUGAUUACCCGUGGCAUAAAUGGUUAUGGGGAUAGUGUGGCUACGUGUCCAAUCAGCCAUGGCUUAAGUGGCUGAUAGGCUGAACAGCCUAUUCCUGUUUCUUUAAAAGGGAUGAAAUCCGCAGCCUUCCUAAAUGGCUCAUUAUCACACCAACUGCUACAUUGUGUCUUGAACUAUUAAACUUUUGUCCAUAGUUGUGAAACAAUGAACAUUCUUAAAGCAUUAAUGCAAAUGUUACAGAAAAGCGUUUUUUUUUUGCUUUCUUUUCCAUUAGGAGUUAAAUGUGGCGGCAUUCUAUCAGCAGCGAAUGGGAAUUUCUCCAGCCCUAACUUCCCAGGAUAUUAUCCAUAUGACACUAAAUGUACAUGGCUCAUUGUUGUUACAGAGGGCUCCUCAAUUUUGCUCAACUUCCAGUAUUUUGACCUUGAAUUUCACACUUAUUGUGAAUAUGAUUACAUUAAAAUCUAUAAUGGAAUGCCUGAGGAUGAGGGAAAUCUUCUGGGCACAUUUUGUGGAAAAGUCUUCCCUCCCCACUUCACGUCUUCUUGGCAUGUGAUGUCAAUCAUUUUCCGCUCAGAUAAACAUGUUGUCAGCCAUGGAUUCUCUGCUUCAUACCACAAAGAUAUAUGUGGGGGAGUGCUAACAGGUCUGUCUGGAGUGCUGUCUAGCCCUGAGUACCCAGAUAAUUACCCCAAUAAUGCAGAAUGUCACUGGAUUAUUCGAGUCUCCAAUCAAUCAGUGGUCAAUCUGAUCUUCUAUGACUUUCACCUGGAAAACAAUGAGGACUGUAGCUUUGACUACGUUGCCUUAUUUGAUGGAUCCAGCAUGAAAGACAGACACUGGGGUCACUAUUGUGGUGGAUCAAAGCCUCCGGACAUUAUUUCCAGCAGCAGUGAACUCCUGGUUGUCUUUAAAUCAGAUUUCAAUAUUGGUGCAAAGGGCUUCAAAGCAUUUUACUUUUCAGGUGAAUGUCAGCAAAUAUUCACGGCCAUUAAAGGGAAUUUCUCUAGCCCACGCUAUCCAAACAUUUACCCGAAUAACAUCAACUGUCACUGGACAAUCCAGCAACCUCUUGGUUACAGGAUUAAUGUUCACGUAAAUGAUUUUGAGUUGGAGGACAGGGAUAGCCUGACAGACGCCUGUGACUAUGAUUUUCUUGCAGUUUUUGAUGGAGAAAGUGAGACUGAUACAUUGCUAGGGAAAUGGUGUGGUCGGAACUCACCCUCUUCACUCCUGUCCAAUGGGAACCGACUUUUAUUUGUGUUAUCUGCUGAUAGGAAUACAGCCUCUCGUGGCUUCCAUGUAUCAUACAAUGGUGUCGUUCCCAUGAACAUCAGCUGCACGAGAACAGAUUUCCAGAUUCAGAUUGCUGUACAGGCUGUUCCUUUACUCAGUCGAAGCAACAUUUAUCUAGGAAACCAGGGCUGUACUGCCCAGGCUUUUGGCUCUGCAUACAAGAUAAUCUCACGAUUUGAUGCAUGUGGAACAAAGACCCAGAGAAGAGGAAAUGUCACCAUCUUUGUGAAUAUUUUGUACAUAAAGGUUUCUAAUGGAACACGGGAAGAUAGCCAGGAAUAUGAAGUGCAAUGCGACCUCAAGAGAAAAGCAGCUUCGUAUGACAUCAUUACAGAUACAGAACUGUAUCAGCUCCAACAGCAAGCUGUCAAUCUUGAGGAUUCCAACUCUGAUGAGUUGAAGGUGGUAGAUGGAUCAGACCUUUCCAGAAUGCAAGAUACCAGUGACAUUGUCUUCAUUGGUAUUUGUGUUUUGGCUGGAAUUCUCAUGUUGAUUGCUAUCAUAGGGCUGGUCCUGCUAUAAGGACAUGAGAUAAUUGUAUGUUUCCAGUUGUAAUGGUGUAUUAAUCAGUUUGGAGACCUGGCUUUUUGGAGGGUGGCCAUUUUGUAAAGUCUUUUUUAAUGCCUCAUUAGCAGGAAACUCGGUGCAGCGAUAAAUCCCAGUUUCUGUGAAAUUAACCCUAAAGAGCAGUUAAUAUUCGAAACAGUGACUUCUCCAUCUCUGAAUGCUGCCUAACUUGCUGUGUUCUUCCAGCCUCCUAUUUGUCUACUUUGGAUUGCAGCAUCUGCAGUUUUUUUGUCUCUGUGAAAUUCUUGUUGUGUUAAUUUUCCUAUUAUAGGUUAGUGCAGCUAAUCAUGUUUGUGCUGGUUCUUUCAAAGCACAAGCCAUUUAGUCCCACUCCUAGUUCUUUCCCUAUUUCCCUGCAAUUUCUUUUAAAGUAUUUAUCAAAUUCCUUCCUGAAAGCUAUUGUGUUCCAUCACCCUAUUAAGCGGUACAAUUCCAAAUUCAAAGUACUCAUUUUGUUAAUAAAAAGGUUUUUCCUCAUGUUGCCCCAGUUCUUUUCAUCAUCUUAAAUCUGUGACCGCUGGUUAUUGUCAUUUCCAUGUUUGGAAAAAGUUUAUCUUUACUUCCUCUAUUUACUCUAAUUUUCUACAUUGGAUGUAGCUUGUCUUAAAUGAACCUGUCAAGGAAAUACACACAUCAUAAAAAGUGAUGUUAUUUGGGGAAGGUGCACUUUUUGAACAGCACUGUUCUCGUACAAUCAUGUGAUAGUCACAUUCUCAGUGAGGCCAAUAUACUCAAUAAUAUCUUGAGCUGGGGCCAUAGAAUAUCAGAAUUAAACUUGUGAUAUGAUCACACUAAAUUGCUGAAUAGAUUUUUAAAAGAUCUGAUAUUGGGGGCAUUAAUAGUAUUAACUUAAUAUAGGUGAAAUAAUUGUUUGUAAAUAGAUGGUGCUAAAAGAAAAAAAUGACCUUUAUUCCGCUAACAAUUAGACUGUUAAAAUAUUUUUAUACAAAUACAAGUAAUAUUAGAAAUAAAUUGAUUGAGUUACUGCUCUAUGCAUCAUUAGAGAAUCUAAAUAUUGGACAUUUUAAGAAUAUGGCAAAACAUUGAUGAAGUUAAAUAGCUGACAAGGAAAUAGAGAUAAGUAUCACGGCACAAUCAAUGGUAACAGAAGUAACGAUUAGAGCAGUUUAGAGAACAAUGGGAAGGAAAAUCAUUGAUAAUUACAGAAGUAAUGAUAAAGUUUUUUGAAUGACUAUUUAGGACUUCUUAGUAUUACUGACAGACACUUCAGGACAAAAUGGAUUGGAAUUUCAGCUGUGGCAAAGGUGUUCAAUGAUUAUUUUACGUCAGUUCACAUUCCUCUGGAUGUUAUCCAACAAUCAGAUGUGACUUGCAUUGUAAACGAAAAUUGAUAGUUUUACAAUAGAGAGGAAGAUAUCUCAAAAUAAAGCAUCUUAAAUAAAUGACAUGGGAACUGACUUGAAAGAGCCUUGACCUUAUCCUUAACAGCUUAUUGGGUUCUGGGAUCAUUCUCUCAGUUUGGAAAGAUGCUGGUGUGGUGCUGAUUUUGGAAUAUGAAAAUAUAAAGUUGUAAGUCAGAGACAAGAAACACCAGGUUCAUAAAACCUGGCAUGGAUUAGAAAUUAUUUCCAUUCAUAUAGGCAGAAAAUUGUAGUUUAAUGUACAUAAAUAUGUUUGGAAGUUGGUUAUCAGGGGUGUCCUGCAGGAAUUAUUUAAGAGGGACUGUAAAGACAAGCCAGGGAACUAUAGACUGGUGAGCCUGACCUCG